AAUAAACAGUUAAACUACAAUCUUUGUCUGUGGUACGACACGCCACCUUCAUCGCACGUGCAAGCCGCCAACUCAACUCUUUCGUAGCCACUCCUCAUCUUCCGCAUACGUGUAUCAAUCUGCUCCUCUUAUUUUAUCAAUCAAAACCAAAAUAAUCUAACCCCUAUCAAAUUCUACAUUUUUUAUGCUCAAACCCAAAUCUAACUUUUAGCUAAACAUGCAAAUUAAAUAGUUUUUUAUUGUAUACUUAUUUCAGUUAAAAAUACAAGCCAGGAGUUUUGGGUUGGUUCUAUAGUUUAAUAAUUUUUAUAACUUUUUUUUUAUUAACAAUGAUAGUUUUAAAAAGUAUUUAAAAAUAAACGGUGAAUUGAGAAAUGAGUGAUGCAGCAGCUUUCACAGAUGUCUGAUUGAGAGAGAAGUGGAUAGUGUGAAGAUAUUUAUAUCUGAAUUCAGUAACUUUACUUUUUUUUUUUCCUUCUUCAAAAUUUCAGUUUUACAGUUCAAAAUAUAAUAAAAAAAUCAGCCUUUUCUUUUCUGCCGCUUCAUUCUGUGUAUGGAAGGAAUUAGGGAGGAAGUUGAUAGAGCUAAUGGAAAUGCAGAAGUUGAGGGGAAAAUUUGUGAUGUUCCCAUGAAAUUAGAGGAUUGUAAUCUAUUAGGUUCACCUAUGGUGUGUGCAUCUUUGAGGAGUGAUUGGCCGGAGAGCUCGAUAAACGAUUUUACGGUAGAUAAGGAUUCGACUAGAUUGCUAAACAAAGGGUUGAAAGGAAAGGGGUCUGUCACCAGAAAUGUAGAUGUUCUUCCUUUUUUUGGCAUUCCGGGUUUGGGGGAUGGCGAAGGAAGAAUGAGUUAUGCUAGGAAGGUUGCUUCGGAUUCAUUGAUGAGAUCAAGUGCCAAAAGGAGUCAGCUUUUUCCUCAUAGGAUUGAGGGGUCUCGUCCUGAGUCGUUACAUCAGGGGAUCAGCAUGAGUGAUUUGCUGAAACCCGGGUGUCGAAGAAGAGAUAAAGUUGAAAACUUGCUUGUAUUUAGACAAAUUGCUGAAUUGGUGUAUUUAGCACACUCUCAAGGUGUUGCCUUGAAUGACUUGCGGCCAUCUUGUUUUAAGUUGUUAUCGUCUAAUAGAAUUGCUUACACUGGUUCAGCUGCCAAGAGAGAAUCUGAUACAUCUGAAUUCCGCAAUUUGGCAAAGAAACGGCCAAUGGAGCAAGACACGAGCGCCUGUGAUACUUUAGUUGCAAAACAGCAAAAAAUUAACAAGUUUAUGAAGUCUAGGGCAGUAGAUGGGGAUGUUGAACUUCAGUCCCAGAGCCAAUCUAAACACCCAAGUCUAUUUAAUAAAACGAGGCAACAGUCCCUCUCUUUUAGUCUUCAACUGGAAGAGAAGUGGUAUAGAAGUCCAGAGCAACUUGAUGAAGGAAUCACCACAUUUUCAUCAAAUAUCUAUAGCCUUGGGGUUCUUCUCUUUGAGUUGCUCAACUGGUUUGAGUCGCAUGAGCUGCGUUCUACUGCCAUGUUGGAUCUGCGCCAUAGGAUUCUACCAUCAAAUUUUCUUUCAGAAAAUCCAAAAGAAGCUGGCUUUUGUCUUUGGUUUCUUCACCCAGAACCUUCAUCGCGUCCUACAGCAAGGCAAAUUCUGCAGUCUGAGUUAAUAUGUCGAUCCCAGGACUUAAGCUCUACUAAUGAUGCACCAGCAUGUCCUGACAGUACUGAUCCUGAAUCAGAGCUCUUGCUUCAUUUCCUCAGUCUAUUGAAAGAACAAAAACAGACAAAUGCCUCCAAAUUAAUUGAAGAUAUCGAGUGUCUAGACAAAGAUAUUAAGGACGUUGAGAAAAGGCAUCUUUUGAGGAUGACCUCUGAUUUCUCUGAGACGGGAGAGGCAUUUCCCAAUGUGAGGGAACAUAAAUUGGGUGUUGGUAAAAGUUCAGUUGCUAUUUCCAAUGUGUCAAAUAUGAGUGAGGUAACAUUCAUGAGAGAUAUUAACAAAACCGCCAAUGCCUACUUCUCCAUGAGAUCCCAAAUCUGUUCAACUACUUCUGCAUCACGAUCCGAUACAGAUGUUCUUAGGAAUCGAGAAAGGUGGUCUGCAAUCAAUAAUGAAAAUGAAAAAUCAAAUGUUAUCCCGAGAUCUGAAGAUCCUCUUGGAGCCUUUUUUGAUGGUUUUUGUAAGUUUGCUCGCUAUAGUAAAUUUGAAGUUUGUGGAUCGCUGAAAAAUAGAGAUCUCCUGAGCUCUACAAAUGUACUCUGCUCUUUGAGUUUUGACCGGGAUGAGGAAUACAUUGCUGCUGCUGGGGUGUCAAAGAAGAUCAAGGUUUUUGAGUUUGACACACUUUUAAAUGAUUCCACGGAUAUCCACUAUCCUGUAGUUGAGCUGUCAAACAAAUCUAAGCUCAGUUGCGUCUCUUGGAACAAUUACAUCAAGAACUAUUUGGCUUCAACUGACUAUGAUGGCGUAAUUCAGAUGUGGGAUGCGGGCACUGGUCAAGGAUUGUUUCAAUACAGGGAGCACCAAAAGAGAGCCUGGUCUGUAGACUUUUCGCUAGCUGAUCCCAUGAUGUUUGCUAGUGGAAGCGACGACUGUUCUGUGAAAUUGUGGAGCAUCAAUGAGAGAAAUUCUCUAGGUACUAUUUGGAAUCCAGCCAACAUUUGUUGCGUUCAGUUCUCUGCCUCCUCUAAUCAUCUACUAUCAUUUGGAUCUGCUGACUACAAGAUCUACUGUUAUGAUCUUCGGCAUACUAAAAUCCCUUGGUGCACAUUAGCUGGUCAUGAAAAAGCUGUUAGCUAUGUGAAAAUGUUAGAUUCAGAAACCCUUGUUUCUGCAUCUACAGACAAUACUCUAAAGCUCUGGGAUCUCAACAAGACUAGCUCAACUGGGCUGUCCCCCGGUGCUUGUGCUCGGACAUUUAGUGGUCACACCAAUGAGAAGAAUUUUGUAGGGUUAGCAACAAUGGAUGGAUACAUAGCGUGUGGUUCAGAAACUAACGAGGUUUACAGCUAUUACCGAUCUCUACCAAUGCCUAUCACUUCUUACAAAUUGGGAUAUGUUGAUCCUUUUUCUGGAAACAAGAUCGUUGAUGAUAGUGGACAGUUUGUUUCUAGUGUCUGUUGGAGACAAAAGUCAAACAUGGUUGUAGCUGCUAAUUCAAUGGGAAAUAUGAAAGUGCUAAAGAUGGUUUGAGUUGUUACGAGCUUGUCUUAUCUCUCUGCAUCCAUCUAGGAUUGCUGAUCGGUGGAGGAAAAUGAGUCUGACUUUAGAUAUUUUUAAAACUAUGCAAAUGCGUCAGCUUGCCAAAGAUGCAUCAGUGCCUAGAUGCUUGGAGCCGACUACCGAUUGAAUGGUGCUCCCAACAGCUGCACCUCAUGGCAUGGACAACUGCUUUCCUAGCUAGUCCUGCUGAUGAGUCCAUGGAAGACCAGAAUUCAAACGAUUCCAGUAAAACAUCUAGUAACUGUUGAAAGACAUGAUCCUGCUUUACAUUUCUCCAUUUUUUCGUCCAGAGCUUAUCCAAGUCGAUUACAAAGGUUAAACUGGAUAUACAAUUGUUCAAAAUCGAUGAGCUAUAGCCUGAGGAAUCAAAAACUUUGUAUAGAGUACAUAUAUAUUCACACAAGAAACUCGCUAUUGAGCAGAAGGAAUGUAAAUGCUUAGGAAUCAACGCCUUAAAGGUGCUUAUUUUUAUGGAUUACGUGUGGUCGAGGUAUGCCGUCAUUUAAUUUUA